CCUUUACACAAUGAUUUAUAGCCACACAAAAUAUAUGUGCCUCAUUUUACACUACAAGAUCAAAAGUCUUCAUCCUUUUCUUAAACUCCGUGCCCAGUCAAAUGGAUUCACAUAAAUUGAAACGGAGGGAGUAUUAUUUUGGCAUAAAAUCUGAUGUGGAUGCUGAUUUGUCAUCCACGUCAAGCAAGUGAGCAUCACGCUAUUCCGGAGGAUUUAAAAGUCUUGUUUUGAUUGAGUUGAAGUGUCCAGAUGAAACUUUAUAGAGUGUAGGGACCGGGAUGACAAACCAGAACAAGUACAAGUGUCUCCCAGGCUAUUCUGCCGAGAAAAUAUAACCAAGUUUGGAACAGGAUUCUGGUAAUCUGAAGCAGGCUUUCACAUGUCACCAUAGGAAAACACAUUAUGCAUCAUAUCAUAAAAUUAGUACCAAGAUACACAUUUAAAAUGUUUGCCUAAGCCGAAACUCAUCAGCACAAGCAUGUACUUAUCCUCACACAUGCAAGGUUAUAAUAUAUAUACUUAAGACAUUUUUAGAAUUAUGAAAAGGUUAUUUUUCGUUAUCUAAAACAUGCAUAUUUCAAUUGAAAUCAUGCUAGUUAUGAAAAGCUAGAUAUGGAUAGAUUUCUACUGGCAUUAGGUUCUUAGCACUAAUAUAUCUUGGUACUUGUUUCUAAUGAACUCUUCAGGAAUCUAUAAAUAAAAAAUAGUGUAAUUUUUUGUCAUGUUUGCCUUAAUUUUACGCCGCUUAAAGACGAGGGAUUUUCACAUCAAUGCUACACUACUUAAUUAUUAUGCUUUUCCCUGUACAUAUAUCAUAUGAACUAGGUAAAGAAUAGAUAGAGACUAAUGAUGCAAGGAUUAUUUGUCACAAAGGAAAACUUUUAAACUAAGGAUAAGAUGGAUUUGGAAGAAAAAGCACUUACAUAUUGUUCUUGUAGCUUUGAAAUGCUGGAAACAAGUUUGACAAGGCCGGUGUUCUGACAUUACAUAGCCCUUUAAAUAGAACUUGCAAGUGGCGGUUGUGCUAGUUCCUUUCUAGAAGUUCUUUAGUGUUAAGUAACCUUAUACUUGACUAAUAAGUAAUCCUAAUGUAAGUUGAGAAAGACAGUUAAUGGGUUUCCAAUUCUUGUAGGUAGUGUUAGUGAUUAGAAGCUCUAGCUACUAGGCGUUUGGUAACAGAUUUGCAAAUAUUAUAUGCAAAUAUUAUUUGCAAAUCAGUGGUUGUUUACAAUUUUGUCCAUUGUUUUAACUUGUCCAUUAUAUAAAGAAACAUGUUAGUAUCUUUUAUGCCACUAUAUUCCAAGUUUGGAUAGGAACGCAAGAAACUUUUCCUUGUAAGAAUACCAAAGUCACUCCGACAUUACUUAAAUUCUCAUUACAGAAUUCAGUUUGCUACUUUAGUGAUGUUUAAAGUAUGCUCGGGUGUUGGAUUGAACUUGGUGUUUCCGAUGUGGGAUCAUCAUCAGAUGAAGAUGAGAUGAGAGAGGCAACGCAUACUUUGUCAUCUGAUGAGAUGAGAGAGGCAACGCAUACUUUGUUUGUUGCUAUGGAGCUGUGCACAAGCACCCUUCAUGCUAGACUGGAAGCAGAGAUAGAGAAGGAGGUGCCUGUGUUCCGCUAUCUCAAAGAGCUGCUGCAGGGAUUGCAAUUCAUCCAUGAAAAGGGAGUUAUUCAUGGAGAUUUGUCUCGAGACAAUAUCUUCUUGGAUGAUCAUGAUCAUAUUAAAAUAGGAGAUUUUGGCUUGGCUCGUAACACUCGAGAUGGCUCAAUUCCUUUUGGGGAUGGAUUGGGUAACAUGAUGUAUCGAGCCCCCGAGUUGUCUAUUGAUCCCCGUUUAAUUAGCACAAAAUCCGACAUGUUUUCACUCGGAUUAGUGCUUUUUGAGUUGUCAUGUCCAAUGGGAACUGGAUAUGAAAGAGCCAGGCAAUUUGAGGAGUUGAAGAAAUCUGGUGAAAUUCCGGAAGAAAAGGUAGAUGAAAUUCUCAGAGAAAUAAUUUGUCAGGUCUUGAAGAAGGAUCCGCAGCAGCGUCCUUCAGCAGCUCAGUUGCUUCAUCGUUACUUCUCGUAGUGUUAGAAUUUAAGAAAAGGACAUCCGUGCAGGUUCGAGGGACUACUAUAUUAGCCUGUUAGAUAUUGUUGAACCUUCUUUCUCUGUAUAUAUUACUAUUGAGCUACUCUAAUCUUCUAAAAGAAAAGGUUUAAGGCAAAGGAGAAAAGGGCAGAAAAGAGUACAUUCUGUAGCAAAUUUUUAGUUUCUUUAAAUCAUUUUUGUUCUUUUAUAUGGUCUAUAAUAGUAUAUUUUUGUCAUGUUA